AUGGCAAGCAACGAAAAGAUCGACAAAGCGUACUCCCACAAUGGCUCUGACGUUGAGUCCAACAACGCCUUUCAUUCAGGGGAGACUGGGCAAGGUCUUCACAGACAGCUGAAGAACCGACAUAUUGCCAUGAUCAGUAUUGGAGGGGUCAUCGGAACUGGUUUAUUUUUGGGAACUGCAAAUGCUUUGCGCCAUGGAGGCCCUGUCGGUAUGCUCCUCGGUUACAUUACGGUUGGAACAGUCUGCUGGGCUACUAUGAUUUCACUUGGAGAGAUGGUUGCAUAUCUCCCUAUCAGCGGUGGACACAUCAAGUUGGCAGAACGUUUCGUUAAUCCCGCAUUCAGUUUCACAAUGGGGUGGAACUACUGGUACAAUUGGACUAUCAUUUUGCCUGCUGAACUCAGUGCCGCUGCCGUCCUUAUCAAUUACUGGAAUCAAAAUACUCAGCUCAACUAUGCAUGGAUCACUAUAUGUUUACUGGUCGUCGUUGCCAUCAACUUGUGUGGUGCAGGUGUUUACGGAGAAGCGGAGUUCAUCUUCGCCAGUAUCAAGGUCUUGACUAUCACCGGCUUGAUCAUAUUAGGUAUUGUCAUCGAUCUUGGAGGCGGUCCCAACCAUGAUCGUUUGGGCUUCCGGUACUGGAAGAACCCUGGACCGUUCGUACAGUAUGAUGGUAUCUCAGGCAACACUGGUAGAUUCCUUGGCUGGUGGGCCGUCAUCACCCAAGCUGCGUUCUCUUUCAUUGGGACAGAAAUUGUCGCUAUUGCUGCUGGUGAGGCUAAGAAUCCUAGACGCAAUCUUCCCAAAGCCAUCAAACGUGUCUACGUCCGUAUCCUCCUUUUCUAUAUUGGCGGUACCUUCGUUAUUGGUCUCCUCGUUCCUUCGAACGAUCCUCAACUCGUUUUGGGUACUGGAACCGCUGCAUCCUCACCCUUCGUCAUCGCCAUUCAAAAUGCCGGCAUCAAAGGUCUUCCUUCGCUGAUCAAUGCGUGUCUUCUUACCUCGGCCUGGUCCGCUGCGAGCUCUGAUCUGUAUACUAGUUCGCGUGCACUUUAUGGUCUCGCUCUGUCUCACAACGCUCCUCAGUUCCUAUUGCGGACUACUAGGAGAGGUCUUCCGUACAUCUGUCUCCUGGUUUGCGCUUCCUUCUCCUUACUCGCUUUCAUGGGCGUGAGUUCCGGCGCCGGUACUGUUUUCAAUUGGUUCUCCAACAUGACUUCCAUCGCCGGUCUGCUUACAUGGUUCGGCAUCAACCUCACAUACAUUAGAUUCCACAAGGGUCUUAAGGUUCAGGGUUUCGACCGAAGAAAACUUCCUUACAUCGGUCCUCUUCAGCCAUAUGCAUCUUGGUAUGCCUUGUUCAUGACGGUUCUCUUCUGUGUGUUCAGUGGAUUCGACGUGUUCCUGAAAGGAGAGUGGGACACAGCGACCUUCGUCACAACCUACCUUCCUCUCGGCUUGUUCCCUGUCUUAUACAUUGGCGCCAAAAUGUAUUACCGUCAACCUAUAAUCAAACCACAGGAUAUGGACUUUAUAUCCAAUAUUGCUGAGAUUGAAGCUGAAGACUACGAUGAACCCCCACCCAAAAACAAGUUUGAGGCGUUUUGGCAAUGGCUGACGCAGGAUGUAUUUUUUUCCCGAUCAUGA